AUGACUACCUCGCCGCACCGUUCUGGCGGCGAUAGCGACGGCGGCAUCGGCGACAAAAGACCAAGACAUUUCGACACAAAGACAAAAGGCAUCUGCUGGACAAAGGCUGAUACUGUACCCGGCCGUCACCCAGAAAGGUGGCGUAAAGAUGCCGCCGGUAAUAUUGUCUGCAAGCGCUUCUUCAACUGCCUUGGUUGCCUCUGCUACGAGUACGAUCAUAUCAUCCCUUUUUCCAAAGGUGGUGAAUCGACAGCUGAUAAUUGCCAAAUACUUCAAUCAAGAGUUAACAGAUUAAAAUCGGACAAAUAUCAGAUUGAUUCGGACAAGUUGAAAGGCUACUCUUGUGAUAUUAAUUUUACUGACAAGGAGCUUGAUAUAAUUGAGAUGGCUGUUUAUGGUGAUGUAAUCCGGCCAGGAAACCAGUGUAGAUGCAGAACGGUUGAUGAAAUGCUUGGAAAAUUUAAGGCAAAAGCAAAAGACAACGCAGAUGCGUGCAAGUUGCCAUAG